AUGAAAGAAACCAGUCCGCUCAGCAGCUCAAGUGCCACAUCAGAUUACAAUCCGCAAUCACAGCAGGACAGCAAGGCGGUUAGUUAUUUCGAGGUCAUGGUUUUGUUACCCGAGACACGUAUAAACUACAUGCAAAGAUUACGAUUGUUCAUCAACACAAGACAAAACAAAACUUAUCAGCUUCACAUUUGUGAUUUUCUCUCUACCCAGACAGGAGCUAUGUCUGUUCUGCAGCAGGCAGCGCAAGCUUGGGAGGUGCCACCUUCAAAUCAGGAGGAGGGAGAGCAUUGCUACAACAACAACCAAGGGGUUACCAAUUAUGCCCUUCCCACAAAUACAACGAGUCAUCUUGAUCCAAUUCCAGUUGAUCAGAAAUCAAAAGGCAUUUAUGCUAAGUCUUCAAUGAAAACUGCAGCUUCGAUUUCUACUUGCAAACAUAAAUUGAUGCAACUCAAGUUCAUCCCAAGACAAGGGAAAUUGAGUACUAUUGUAAACUAUAUUUGUUGCCAACUAGUAGGCGAAAAACAAGGAUAG